GAAUCAUUUGCGAAUGUGAAGAUGUGGCUUUCUGAGGUCGAACGCUAUGCCUCCGCCUCUGUAAGCCGCCUGCUCGUCGGAAACAAGGCAGACUUGAGUGCGAAACGCGCUGCCCUCGCCGACAGUUUGGGCAUCCCAUUCCUCGAAACCAGCGCAAAAAAUGCUACUAAUGUCGAAGAAGCUUUUUACAAAAUGGCUGAAAAAAUAAAGAAGAAUACCCCGAGUGUUCAAGGUGCACCGUCUUCAACUGUUUCCGUAGGUGCCACAAAGCCGCUGAAAAAGGAGUCUACUUGCUGCUAA